UCACAUUUGUCUGCAUGCACACAAAUUUCCAUUUGUCCAUGCUGUUUUUAGGUACCAUGAUGCUGCUGAAUGUAGAAAAGAUGGUGUGAACACCACAUGCCCGCCAGUUUCAUUCACAGGAAGUCCACAUAGGAUGGAGGCAGGGGCGAUUGGGGAUCCUGACAGAACAAACGCCAUGGUUGGGUUAGCUGGGGUCCUGCCCUAUAGCAGCACCCCCAACACCUGACCAUAGGGAGACCUACAGUGUCUCUACCAACCACAUCCAGAGUUAAAUCCUACUAGUCCCUGAUUGAGAAAGGGACAGGACUUUUGAAAUAUAUGGUUGACGGUGCAGCAAAACAUCUGGAUUUUGAGAAUUCAAGAUCAUAGAUCAAGAUCAUAGAUAAAGUUUCUUCAGGUCCAGAUCCCCCAGGCAAAGGGAUAGUUAUUUUAUAGAUUUGUCAUAGUGAUCAAUCUAAUUCAGGUUUACUGAAAGACGUAUGUGGUAGAUUCCAUUAAAUGUGUCAUAAAAGUCUUUAAAAAAUGAGGAACUUGUAGUUUUGUGUUAAAUCAUCUUCAUAAAUCUGGGAGAUUGUCGGCGUGUGGGCGGUUUACAGUUCUCUGAAUCCUGUCUCGCUCUAGGAACCCGGUGACACCUGAGCCUCGGGGUCGAGGUUUGCAGGCUGCAGCUUGUUAAACCAGCACACCUCUACACGCUUUCCAGCAAGUCAAACAUCUCAGGCAGUCAGUUAUGAGCACCUCAGAAGUUAGUCAGGCGUUGCUCCUGCAGCACCAGGAACUUCAUCUGAACCUCUCUGAACAGACUGUGGAGUUCUCUGGUUUUUGCUCAACAGUAAACGGUUCGUAUCAGGUGUUUCCACUUCCAACAUGAACGUCUCAGGCUUGAACGCCACAGACAACCCCACCCGCGGUGACUUCUGUCACUUCAAUGAGGACUUUAAGUUCAUCCUUCUUCCAGUCAGCUACACCCUGGUCUUUGUGAUCGGCCUGGCGUUGAAUUGCACAGCGCUGUACGUGAUGGUGUUCCGCACGAAGCACUGGAAGCCCUCCACCAUCUACAUGUUCAACCUGACCAUGUGUGACACGCUCUACAUCUUCACGCUGCCCUUCCUCAUCUUCUACUACGCUGAUGAGAACGACUGGCCCUUCACUGAACCGCUGUGCAAGAUGAUCCGCUUCCUGUUCUACGCCAACCUCUAUGGUUCCAUUCUGUUCCUGUGCUGCAUCAGUCUGCACCGGUUUGUGGGGAUCUGCUUUCCCAUGCGCUCUCUAAACUGGGUCAGCGCUCGUCAAGCCCGGCUGGUGUCGGUCGCAGUGUGGGCCUGUGUCCUGUUCUGUCAGGGUCCGGUUCUCUACUUUUCUAGAACAAGGAGUACCACCACCGAGCAGAUCAUCUGCUAUGACACCACCAGCCCAGAGCUCUUUGAUGACUUCCUCCUGUACAGCUCCGUGGUGUCAGUGCUCAUGUUCGCGCUGCCCUUCAUGGUGUUGAUGGUGUGCUACGGCCUCAUGGUGCGGAAGCUCCUGGAGCCUGGCUGGGGGUCUGGAAGGGAAGGUCUGACAGCCCAACGAACAAAGCAGAAAUCAGUGAAGAUGAUCAUCAUUGUGCUGGCUGCCUUCAUGCUCUGCUUCCUCCCGUUCCACCUCACACGGAGUCUGUACUACUCUCUACGAUACCUGAGACAGGUGGAUCCAACACAGGUCAGCUGCAGUCUACUGGAGUCCUCCAGCGUGGCCUACAAGGUGACCAGGCCUUUGGCCAGCGUCAACAGCUGCGUGGACCCCAUCCUUUAUUUCCUGGCAGGUCAAGGAACCCGCAGCAGUUUCAUCAGGAAGAACAGACCGUCUUCACCCAAACCAACUGUGAGAGCAGAUGUCACAACCCAAAUCUGAGUCAAAAGCUCAAAACGUGGAGAAAAAAAUCCUGCUACGAGAAGUGACUCCAAUGAAGGUUCCUCAAGUUAUUGUCAAUCUGUCUGUUCAGAGAGAUGAAAACCAAAAUGAACUCAGAGAAACUCUUUAUGUUUAGAGUACAAAUAUGACUCAUUAUUUGGGGAUUUCAUUGAAAUCAGUUUCAGAGGUGAAGAUUUUGGUAAAGCUAACUUUUAUCAUUUAAGUCAUUUGACAGCAAUAAAAACAGAUCACUGUCUUUUAACACUAGAUGGCAGUAAACAUCAGGAGUGUUAGAAAAAAUUGAUACCAUAAAAAAAUCACGAUACCUCAUUAGGCGAUACUUGUAUCAAUUUAAAAUGCUGAUGAGAUGAUAUUUAAUGAAUUAUUUUUAAGCAAACAUUUACUUUUGUUUUCCACUUAAACCCCGACUGCUAGCUGCUAGCACACCACACCGUGCCCCAUUGAGGAGCUCUACACCGCACCAAAACAACAAGAUCUUGCGAGAACCGUCUUGAGUUAAAUGUUUAGUCAUUGUCACCACCCGAUCUGUAACUACUACGAGCUCAAUAAGACAUGUACAACUUAGUUUUCACUUGGGAUGGGUACUGAACCUCUGUAUUUUUUUAAGCACCUGCUAAAGAACCAUUCAGGCACCCAAAUCUUUUAAAAGUACAGGUUCAGCUAGAUUUAGCAAUCUGGGAAGUAAAUAGCACUUUAUUUUCUCAGCCAUACUCAUAGAACCUUAUUGGUUAAGAAACUUUUUUUAUCAUACUGAAAAGUAUGUUUUUACAGAAAACAAUGUUUAUUAUUCCAUUUAAGAACAAACCUUUCUUAAUUUAAGAUACAACUGCAGUCAAUGUUCCAAUGUUUAUUUUUAUCUUUUACAUCCACAGCAUUUUUUUCUUUUACAGUAAUAAAACUUUUUAGUAGUUUAUUUGCCAAAGUAAAAGAAAAGUCAAAUCUCUGCUGUUUGGUACGAUGUAAAAAAUGGCCACUAGGGGGCGAGAGUGUCCAACUUUACCUGCAAAAAUAGCUUCAACCAGUUUUUGUGAUUUGUUUCUGUCAUUCUCUCAAUGUGAUUCAUUAGAGAUGUUAAAAACAAGAGCAGCACACACAAGGAUAUUUUAAAUAUUCUUGUUUUUAUUUCCAGAGUAUAAACUUCAAACAUAGUAUGAUAUAUACAACUCCUACAAAUGCAAUAAAAUAAGCAUUUAAUGGUAACUACAGUCUAAUCUAUGACUAGAUUAAAUGAAAAUAUGUAACUUGAACCUGUAAAUGUCCUGACCGAUGGACCUGCUGUUCCUUUUCACAGGAUGAUCAGAAAUAAGUUUAUAAAAAGUAUAAAUAUUGUAAAGGCUUUAAAUAUUGAUGGAUGUGAAUAAAUGUGCAUCCAACUUUAGCACUAUUUAAUAUUUAUGAAGAUUGUACAUCUUUGUGCGUUAAUUUGUUCAGCGUGUCGUUAAAAUGAAAUGUCAGGUGGUUUAGUGAAUGUGUUUGAGUUGUCAUACCCUCCCGUGGUGCAGGGCACCGUCCAUUUUGUCCAUUAAAAAAUUGUGAAAUAAAGAAGGAAGUGUUGUCUUAUGUACAUAUAUAUUUACAUAUUUACAAGAAUUUACAUGUGUUCAUCUAUAAAAUCUUACAUUUCAUCAUAAAUAAAUGUAAUUUUUGAGAUGUGGGUGCUGGCUUAACCUAUAAAUGCUGAUGGAUCAAGAAGAUGAAAGUUGUGGCAGAUCGGUUACGGUGAGCCGGGUGAAUAAUGCUGAAGUAUUAGUAGAUACUGCCCUGAAAACCUGGACUUUUUCCCCAUAAUUUCCAUGCACAGUGCAGAUUACUUUCAGAAACAGAAACAGACAAAGCUCUGAGAGGAUGAUAGAAAUCAUCAGAAAUACUGUGCGGCUAAAGUUGAGCUUUCAAUCACUAACCUCAAAGCAUGACAUUCAGAUAAAAGUACAUCCAGGUCUUCCCCCUUCAUCUCCAUGUUUGGUUUGAUCAAAGCUGGGGGGCUUUGCUCUUCAGCCACUACUUUUUAAAGCAUCUGAUCGUAAAUUAAUCACAUCUGUUAUUGUUUAAUGCAGAAUUUACAACUAUUUUCUACAUCUGAAUGUCUGCUUAUACAAAGAUUGUAAAGAAACUUGUCUCUCAGACUUGUAAAGCAGUGUCCAACUGGUGCAAAAA